UGCCCCACAAUUGCAGUUUAGGACAACCUAGACCUAGUAAGAUAUGUGUGCAUAAAUACCUGCUAGUGGCUUAGUCCCAUGGAUAUGCUUUGUACGUAUGCAAGUCUCUGUCUCUCUCUUUGCUAGAAGGUCUCUCUUUAUGUUCAGUGCUCACAAGGGUGAGCAGGAAGGAUGAAGCUGUGUGUUGCAAUUCUCUUAUUCUACAUCUUGCAGUAUAUCAGUGCCCAGCCUGAUUACCGCGGUUUCAUAAGCAUUGAUUGUGGCAUCCCAGAGAACUCUUCCUACCAAGAUCUCACUUCAACCAUAAUAUAUGUCUCGGACCAUGGUUUCAUCGGCUCGGGAGAAAACCGCAACAUCUCCUCAGAGUACAUCAAGCCAUCACUUGCAAUGCGCAAUUAUAAUGUCCGGUUCUUUCCUGAUGGCAAGCGGAAUUGCUACACCUUGAGAUCCUUGGUUGCUGGAAACAAGUACUUCAUUCGUGCAGACUUCUAUUAUGGAAACUAUGAUGGCCUGAACAAGCUUCCUGUCUUCGAUUUGUAUAUGGGGGUAAACUAUUGGCAUGAAGUUAAGUUCAGCGAUGCAAGUGCAGUUAAUUGGAUGGACAUCAUAGUUGUGGCUCCUUCUGAUUACCUUCAAGUUUGUCUGGUGGACAAAGGAAUGGGAACUCCGUUUAUUUCUGGGCUGGAUUUGAGGCCACUGAAGGCUACUCUUUACCCAGAGGCAAAUGCUAGUCAAUCUCUUGUCCUGAUCAAUUCCAAUCGUUUCAACAUGGGCCCCACAGACAAUUCAAUAGUUAGGUACCCUCUUGAUCCCCAUGAUCGCAUUUGGUCGACAUAUGACACAAUCCCGGGCUGGACUGAGAUAUCUGCAACAUCUGUUGUUCGGAAUUAUCUAACAGAUGCCUACAAUGUGCCAUCAGCCGUCAUGCAAAAUGCUGCAAUGCCUGCCAAUGGCUCAAGAAUUGACUUCUCAUGGGAUCCAUCUGAUCCCUCGCUGAAUAUCAGCUCCAAAUACUUCUUUGUUUUCUACUUUGCUGAGUUACAGAGUGUACCGAGCAAUGCACUGCGACAGUUUGAUCUCAUUGUCAAUACCAACACAUGGAGCACACAACCUUACACUCCACGAUUCCUAUUUGCUGAUUCCUUGUCUGGCACUGUACAGGGGCAGGCAAGGUAUACUGUUUCACUUGUUGCUACGAAAAAUGCAACACUUCCCCCUAUUUUAAAUGCCAUGGAGAUGUACUUGAUGAAGCCGACAAAUGAGACUGCAACUGAUCCUGGAGAUGCUAGAGCCAUGAUGACAAUUCAAGAAAAUUUUGGUGUGAAGAAAAACUGGAUGGGUGAUCCAUGUGCUCCAAAAGCUUUUGCAUGGGAAGGAUUGAACUGUACCUAUCCUCCAGCUGGUUUCUCAAGAAUAACAGCAUUAAACUUGUCUUCCAGUGGGUUGGUAGGUUCUAUUGCUACUUAUUUUGGAGAUCUGAAAGCACUACAGUACCUAGAUUUGUCACGCAACAACUUGUCCGGUCCUAUUCCAAAUUCUCUUGGGCAACUUCCAUCACUAGUGUUUCUGGAUCUCUCCAGCAAUUAUCUAAGUGGACCAAUUCCUUACAGUCUUAUUCAAAAAUCACAAAAAGGGACUCUAUCACUAAGGGUUGGUAAUAAUGCAAAUUUAUGUGAGGAUGGUACUGCCUGCGGAUCUGGUCCAAAGAAAUUUAAGGGGCCACUUGUCGCUGCAAUAAUCAUUCCAAUAGUAGCCGUCAUUGCACUAUUUGUCAUUUUAAUUCUUCUGCUGCGCCAAACACUCAAGAAAAAAGCUAAGAAAAGGACUACUAGUCCUCAAGAUGAAACAGCGUUACUUGAGAACCGAGAAUUCUCAUACAGAGAACUGAAGCAUAUUACAAAGAACUUUAGCCAAGAGAUUGGUAAAGGCGGGUUUGGAGCUGUGUACCUUGGUUACCUGGAGAAUGGAAACCCAGUUGCUGUGAAAGUGCGGUCUGAGUCAUCUUCACAAGGGGGUAAAGAGUUUCUGGCUGAGGCUCAACACUUGACAAGGAUACAUCAUAAGAACUUGGUUUCCUUGAUAGGCUAUUGCAAGGACAAAAAUCAUCUGGCCCUUGUCUAUGAGUACAUGCCUGAAGGGAACCUGCAGGAUCAUCUGAGAGGCACUUCUACUAGUAAACCACUCACUUGGGAGCAGCGUCUUCAAAUCGCCCUUGAUGCUGCUCAAGGUCUGGAGUAUCUGCAUGUCUCGUGUAAGCCAGCAUUGAUUCACAGAGAUGUGAAGAGUAGGAACAUCCUCUUGACCACAAAUCUUGGGGCUAAGAUUGCUGAUUUUGGUCUGACCAAGGCUUUCAGUGACUCAAAAACACAUAUCUCCACUGAACCAGCUGGUACAGUGGGCUACUUAGAUCCUGAGUAUUACCGCAGUUAUCAGAUCAGCGAGAAGAGCGACGUGUACAGCUUUGGUGUCGUGCUCCUGGAGCUCAUCACAGGCCACUCCCCUGUUGUCCCUAUAAACGAGAGCGUGAGCAUCCACAUCGGGGAGUGGGUGCACCAGAACCUCGACCACGGUAACAUCGAGAGCAUCAUGGAUUCAAGGGUGGGAGGCGACUACGACAUCAACUCUGUCUGGAAAGUCGCUGACUUGGCAAUGCGCUGCAAGCAACAAGUCUCCAGGCAGCGGCCCACGAUGACAGACGCUGUGGCACAGAUCAAGGAGAGCAUCGAGCUCGAGGCCCGGUGUGAUGGAAAGCGAAACUCGGCUUUGGCCGGUGAUGAUCUGAGCGAGAGAAGUGCAUUUGAGGUAGAAGGGCUCGUUGGGGAGAUAUCAAGGGCCUCUCCUGGUCCUGCAAUGAGAUAGAUUUGAUCUUUAGCUGAAGCUCUGGAGGUUACUCAGGUUAGAGCCCGCUUCACUUUUGUUUUCAAUGGAUCUUGUGCCAUGGGCGUUGCUUAGAUGAAGUUGUGAAAAAAGUAGUAUAAAAAGGUGUUGAAAUGGGAUCAGACAUGCAUCUGAUGGUGUUCUGACGGGAACCUGAAACCUGCAGUUCAGUCUCAGUGUUUAUUUGCUGAUUUUGUGUCAUUGUGUGACCUUAACUUUCCAUCGGUGUGGUGGUUAUGAUGAUGAUUGUGUAACCUGCUAGUCAUGCCGGAUUUUUUUUUUAUAUGU